AUGGGAUUGUCGCGACUGUGGCUGCUCUGCAUCGUGUUCUGGGACGCUGCACUCACCACAGCUCUCGUUGUCCAUACAUGGUCUGAGGGGUCAGAAGAGUCGGUCCUCUGCAGCUGGUCUUAUGACAACCUGACCGUGUCCCAGAGAGCGUUCUGUAGAGGAGACUGUCAGCAGGACAUGUUGGUGCAGACUUCAGACCUUGGACCUCAGACUCGCGGCAGAUACAGCAUCAAACACCAGAUCCAGGGCUCUCCUCCAGAAGACACGAUCACUCUGACCAUCUCCAACCUGACCCUGAAUGACUCGGGCCGAUACGGCUGCCUCUGGGAAGGGUCAAACCGAAUGAAUUACCAAGAGUUCAAAGUGGAGGUUACAGAUGGCCCAAUGCAGAACAUCAGCAAUUUCCCCACGUCCAACGCAUCCACCGCACCAUCGACUGUUGACAUCUACAACCACAGUACCAGCUACGGCUACAACACCAGCUACGACCACAGCACCAGCUACGACCACAGCACCAGCAACAACCACAGCACCAGCAACAACCACAGCACCAGCAACAACCACAGCACCAGCAACAACCACAGCACCAGCUACAACCACAGCACCAGCAACAACCACAGCACCAGCAAAAACCACAGCACCAGCUACAACCACGGUACCAGCGACAUCAAGGACUACAUCACCAUCCAUAACAUCAGGCUCGGACUCCAAGUCUUCAUCCUGAUCCCUGCUCUCCUGGCCAACAGCGCCCUCCUGUGGCUGGUGUUCAAAUCCAGACACAACCUCUCCCCGCCUCAGCUCUUGGCCCUGAACAUCUCCAUUGUCUGCAUCUUAGAGGAGGAUUUCUACGAAGUACUCCCAAUUGGCAGUGACGAUGAUGGAAAAAGGAUUUCAGGAUGA